AUGAGCAAAGACUCCUCCGCCUCGUACCUGCACAUGCACCAGCCACGGUUAGCAGACUACUUCGAAGAAUUCACACGCCCACAUACCUCAACCGCUGGCAAUGCAAUGACCGACCCACACAAUAACCACCGCGACGCAAGCGCCAAUGCAAACGCCGUAACCUACGGCUCGACUUCCCCCGCUACAAUCCCCUCCUUCCUGCCAAUUGAGGAGAUCUACCUGCCUCCGCAAUACCAGCCGCCAAAUCCAGAAGACGAGGACGAUGUAGUUCCCGACCAGCAUGCGGCGUUCGGAAUUGCCCGCGCCAUGGAGCGCAGACGGGCUACUAUCUGGCGCGAUCUUGGUCUCGAGGCGCUUGUGAGGGGCGAGGGACACGGGCCUGAUCUUGGGUCUUCGACUGGACCUGGCGGUACAGGUGCUGCUGGUGCGGCGACUUCUGGGCCUGGGGCUACCCUGCGGGCUAGUGGGAGCGGAGCGGCGGCGGCUGGGGCGCCUGUUGUUCGAGUUAGAGAUUCUGGGAGGAGGAUGGGUGGGCGCAGAAUUGUUGCGAUGCGAUAA